AUGAACAAAUACUACAUAGAUAGUGAAGAGAAGCAAUUCUAAUAAUCAAAUAGGGAGGUCUUGAAAUAAUUAGAUGUUACUAACAGAUCAGAGGCCUCUCUAAAAACCUCAAUGGUUUCAUUUGCUUGUGAUAGAGAUAACAAAUAUGACCUUGAGGAUUAUAGAACUUAACUUGAAGAAUAAUUGGCUGAGAAUAUUGAAUUGAAAAGAAUGCUAAUGGAUGAAAUAGAGAAGAAUAAACGGAUUAGCGAUGUGGAUAAAUCGUCCCAAUUUUUAGAGUAAUAAGAUAAGUUUGCAUAAAUUCUUAAUAAAAAGGAUAAUGAGAUAAUGAAUUUAAACAAAUUACUAAGACAAUUGGAGAUUGAAAAUAAACUAUUACAUAAGGAUGAUCAAUUAGAAUCUUCGAGAAGAAUGGAAAAAGAAAAGUUAUAAGAGAAAAGAGUUAUGGAAUAUGAACAGAAGAUAAAUUUAGUAUUAGGAGAGAAUUCAAAACUGAAUUAAAUUUUAUAAGAAAGGAUUACUCAAAUAGAGAAGAUGAAACAUACAGUUGAUUAAUUGGAAAGAGAGAAAGUGCAGAUAGCAGAAAAGUAUGAGAUUUUGAUUGCGGAAGCUAACAACCUAUCCUCCAGAGAGAAGAGUACAAUAGAGAAAUGUCUUAAUCAAUAGAAAAAUGAGUUCUAGAAAUAAUUGAAUAUUGUUAAUACUUAGAACAAUUAGAUGACUAAUAUACUUAACUAAUAAAAGAAUUAGAUAGAAUAAUUGGAAAUAUAAAUAGAUGAGAAUUAAGCUUAAUUAGAGAUGACCAAAUAAAGUUAUGAUGAAUAACUCAACGAAAGGGAUAGUUUGAUUUAGCAAAAGGAGAAGGAGAACCAAGAUUUAAUGGUUAAGUUUAAUGAAUUGGAAAAGAAAUUAGCUUAACAAAAUCAAUAGAUUACUAUAUUGGAAUAAUAAUUAUAAACAAACAAUGAAUAAGUUGUAAUUGAAGAAAUGUAAAAGUAUUUUGAAGAAUAGUGUGAUAUCAAGGAGAAAGAACUUGAAUCAAAACAUUAGAAGGAAAUCUCAAAUUUGAUGAAGUAAUUGAAUGAAAAUUAGAACUUCAUUGAAGAAUUAUAAAAUCAUCUAACUGACAUACAUAAGCAAAUCACAAAAUUCAAAUAAGAAAAGCAAACUUUAAGAUAGUAAAAUUAAGAAUUGCAAUAAUAAGUGAAAUAAUUACAAUCAGAAUUUCAAUAAUAAGAAGAUCUGAGAUAUUCUCAAGAAUAUAUGUUACCUCAAUUCAAUAUUUCUUGUUAAAGUGCCAUUACUGAUUAAUCCUUAUAGGAUGAAAAAGAAAAACAAAUUAAAUAAGGUAGACAAUUAAAUAAAAGCAAAGAUAAUGUACUGUAAAAUAAAGAAAAUCAAGAGAAGAAAGAUACCAAAUCUAAUCAAUGCAUAAAUUAAUUGAAGCAACAGUCUCAAUAAAAUACUUCUUAUAAGGCUUAAUUCUAAUAGAAAGUGAAGAAAAGUAAUCCUCAAAAUAAGGAUUAGUAUGCUCUCGAUACAUUUGGAAAUAGAGAUAGAUCAAUUUCAUACUUAGAUAUAAUCAACAAGGAAGUAAAAUUCAGAGAAUCCUCUGACGAAGAAGAUCAGUCACCUAUAGCAUAGUUCAAAUAGUGGAAAUAAUAGAUGACAGUUCGUUAAUGA